UCCGAAAAGCAAAAAAAAUAAAUAAAAAAAGAAACAAACUGAAACAAUUUUUGCAUAUUUUCUUAAAUAUUUGGAAACAAUCGUGCGCAACUCACAACUAUAUAAAUCCGUCAAAUAAUGACUACACGCGGCAUCAGACGUAAAAAGUCUACACUAACAGAUUUAAAGAUUGCGGUAGUCGGGGCGCCUGGUGUUGGUAAAAGCGCUUUAAUUGUGCGUUUUUUAACGAAGAGAUAUAUCGGCGAAUAUGAUCAUCAGACUGAAAAUCGAUAUAAACAUGAAGCGUUGGUCGAUGGGGAGCCAAUUUUAUUUGAAAUAUUAGAUACAUGUCCCAAGACAGAUGAUGAAUUUCCUAAUGCUAGUGAAUUAGUACAAUGGGCUGAUGGCUUAUUGUUGGUAUACUCAAUAACCGACCGCAAUACCUUUAAUUACAUUCGUAAAGCAAAAUGUGACCUACAAACGGAUACACCAUUGCAGCUGGUAGCCAAUAAAGUGGAUAUGGUGCAUUUACGGCAAUUGUCGGGGAGAGGGAACUCUGCAAUGUGUUUGUGUAUGUAUAUGUUUGUGGGCAGAUCUAUUGCUUAUGUGACUACCGCUGCUCAACAAUCUGCAUGGAAUUUCGCUUGUGAGUCAUUCAAGUCAUUUUUCGAAACCCAUGUCAAUGCAUUUUUCAAUUUAUUUACAUUUAGUUCGAAAAGAGACAAAUAACUAUAUGCUGCACGACGAUCGAUCGCCACUACAACCUAGAUUUGGUCCCUGAAAACAAAAAUGAAGCUCAACAAUUUCGUUGAUAUAGACUGCGCAUCAAUAGUUUUGCAUACGGAAUUUAUUGACUUCAUUAAAGACAAUAUUUUCGCUCAGUGAUGACAACGCAAGACAACAACGUAAGGAACCGAUAGUAACACUGAUAUGUACUGCAGGAUAUGAUAUUGCGAUGCAGAUGAUUAUUGUCUUCUACAAUACUCGUUUGUCAGUGCAAUUUUAUACGAAAAUAUUGUCAAAUUUUUGAAGUCAAAUAGGGAUGAAAUUUACAUAAAUUAUUCGAUUCACCGAAUACAAGGCGUGUAUUUAAUAACUAUGGCUUAUCGCCAGCAUAUUCGUUUAUAGUGGAAGUUUGCUAGUGAAAGUAUUUGUUGCCCCUUCAGUUACCUGCGAAG